AUGGCUUCCGACGCUAUUCGCAGGAAACUUGUUGUGGUUGGUGAUGGUGCUUGCGGCAAAACAUGCUUGUUGAUUGUUUUCAGUAAAUCUACAUUCCCAGAAGUGUAUGUUCCAACUGUGUUCGAAAACUAUGUUGCUGAUAUUGUAUAUAACGAUGUCAAUGUGGAGCUAGCUCUAUGGGAUACGGCAGGCCAAGAAGACUACGACCGACUCAGACCGCUUUCUUACCCCGAAACAAGUGUUGUCUUGAUGUGCUUCUCAAUUGACAGCCCUGAUAGCUUUGAGAAUAUUUCCGAAAAGUGGUUAGCUGAAGUAAAACACUUUUGCCCAAAUACACCUAUAAUUCUUGUUGGAAAUAAGAUGGAUUUGCGUGAUGACCCAGCUACUAUUAAAGAACUGGCAAAGUUCAACCAGGAACCGGUUAAAGCGCAACAGGGCAUGGAGAAAGCUGACAAGAUUGGAGCAUUUAAAUAUGUUGAAUGUUCAGCAAAAACAGGUGAAAAUGUCCGAAAAGUCUUCGAAUUAGCCGCCGAGGCCGCUUUGUCUUCUCAUAAACCUAAGAAGAGGAGGUGUAAUUUGAUAUAG